CUUAUAUAACUGGUCUAGCCGCACAAGUUCUACAUAAACCAUAUUCUCAGGUUCAGCUUCUAAAAUGAGCUGUAGGUGGUUGAUCUUAGAUAUGAUCAAAUGACAUUUACGGUAUACUUCGUAGAUUGGAUACUAACAACAUUCAUGUACCUUAUGAUAAUCAUGCUCAAACUGCUUUUCGGAACAAGUCCGGGGAGGUCACUUUGCUCCAAUCUUAAGCAAGAAUAUCAAAAGCACGUAUGUUAUUAUUCCCUGCUACGCCCAUCUUUACCGUAACUUGGGAUAGGGGAAGGAAAUGUGGAUGUAGCACAUACUUAAAAGACCUCCGACUCAGUCACACUCUCAUAAGUACUACGGAGUGGGUGGUUCGGAGAUGUAAUAGGUCAAGGAAUCACCUGACAAGCUGGUGAUGGACCCAUGGCAUUUGUUGUUUACUUGAUUAAAAUUUUAUCUUUUGAAAGCCAGCAAUAAAAAAAAUGUUUUCUAUUUAUUUGAUAAAUAAUUAUGUUUCUGCUCACUGAGAGGCACAAGCAAAACCGAUCCCUCCAGGGUCAUCGGAAGUUCAUAAUAAAUGUUUAAAACAUGCAAAAACAAGCCGGCGAUCCGAGAAAAAAUAAAAUAAAAUAAGCAAAGCAAAGUAAAGAAGAAACCGCGUAAAUAAAAUAAACGAUCCGAUUUAUCUCAAAAAACGUAGAAAAAAAAAUCACCUAAAACGAGUUUAACAAAAAUAAUAUCAAACGAGAUUUUUUUUCUAUUUAUUGUAUAAAUUAUAUUUCUGCUCAGUGAGAGCGAGAGGCAUAAGCAAAACCGAUCCUUCCAAGAUCAUCGGAACUUUGCGAACGCGCGAAAAAAAAACCUCUUAAUUCAUCUGAAAACAAAAAAAAAAACACAUCCGCAAAAUUACGAAACUCGGCUUGGAGAAAAGUUCAUCGCUUACACAGACAAGAACCUUUCUGGUGGUGAACCGAAAUCAAAACAUUGCAUUUAUUAAUGCAAUUGGGAUUUUAUUGUUUGGGAAAUCCCAAUCCGAACAGAAACGUGUACUGUAUGCCAAAUAUGCUCAGUGUACAGAUUGCGCAGGGUUCACAGUAUAGUAUGGAAAGUAUGUAUGAAAUAGAGCCAUGAAUCCGAUACGAACUAGCCCGAGAAUACAGUGGGAACGCAUUCAUUUAACCGAAUUGCAAAAUAUUUAGAAUUACAUAAUCAAAUUUAAAUCUCGAAAGUGUGGCUAUUUUAAUUUUACAUAUAUUUCAUGAACAAAAAAAAAUAGACAACAUUUGUCAUAAGAUUAAAACCGUUCCAAAUUGUUUUAUUAUUUUGCAGUUGAUCGUACCAAAAGUGCCAUAAAUGAUUCAAAUAAAAGUCAGAUAAGGAGUUCCAAUUGAAAUUUUACCGUAAGCAUUUUUUUUGGAAAAAAAACUUGCAUGAAUCACCACAUUAACAUUGCAAAACAGUGUUAAAUUACUGUUUUACUCGAUGAAUUAGCAUUUUGGUAUAAACAUUGAAUUUACCUAAUACUUGCCCUGACUAGUUUUGAAUAUAAGAUUUGUGUGUUAGUAGUUCCCAAUUUGGUUGCGAUUCCCCAUUAGUGGUAUAAUUUCCAAGUAUUCGCUUACUAACAGUGCGCUUAUCGCAUAUUAUAAAACACAAAACUCGUAUGUUUAUGACUCUAUGUUUUGAGCCGCAAUUUAUUCAAUAAAUAGAACCACGAAUGCAACAGUACUCGCGAGAAUCUUUUACAAUGCAGUCGAAGUGUAAGUUUCAGUUACACAUUCUAGUAAUACUCGUAGUGUUUGAACUGACGUUCGGUCAAGACUUGAACCAACUGUGCACCAGCUCUCCGUCGCACAGAAUGGGACGUUGUGUUAGACGAGAACAUUGUUCCGGUGUGACUGAAAAUGAUUCGAUUUGGAAUGGCACGAUAUGUAGAUCAGAUGAAAGCCGACAACGAGAAACACUGAUUUGCUGUCCAGUUCUUCAAAACUGUGUCAAUUGCGGUAAACCAGACCCAAUAGUUACGAAUCGAAUUAAUGGUGGCAGCGAAGUGGAACCUGGAUCGCAUUCAUGGGCAACAUUGUUAGUGUACACACUGGGUAGAGAAAUCUCUAGAUCGCUGUGCGGAGGAGUACUGAUCAACCUUCAACACGUCCUAACUGCCGCUCACUGCAUCGAAGGUUUACCGAGAAACUGGAGAAUGCAAAAGGUUCGUUUAGGUGAAUGGAACAGUGAAUAUUGCAGCAACAGUGAAAAUGAAUCAACUUGCAAGCAAGAAUUAAAUGUUCGACGAACUACUAUACAUGACCAAUAUAACCGCCUAUCCAAAAGUCAUUCACACGAUAUAGCCCUUCUACAAUUGGAAAAAGAAGUCACAAUAAGUCAAUACGUCAAACCAAUAUGCCUUCCUCUGGAUAGCUCUUUACAAUUAAUGUCAAUGAAAGAGGAAGAUAAACAAUACACUGUAGUCGGCUGGGGAGAAACUGAACUUGGUAACAAAAGUCCAAACUUACUAGAAGUUACCGUAACCGGUAGACACAUAAGCAUGUGUAACGAAGUGUUUAGAAAACACGGAAUAGCCUUGUCCGAAACGCAACUUUGCGUAGGUGGAGAGGAAGGAAAGGAUUCAUGCCGGGGUGAUUCGGGUGGACCGUUGAUGCGGCGUAUGAAUGAUAUCUGGUAUUUGAUAGGAUUGGUCAGUUUUGGGGAUCGCACAUGUGGUGUCAGAAAUCAACCUAGCGUCUACACCAAUGUUACUGCCUAUAUAGACUGGAUUGAGCAUCAACUAAUUGAACUAAGCUAGCUAGAA